GCCGCCGCCGGCGGCGACUCCGCCCACCGUUGGCACCUCCGCGUCCGCCCUCGAGCAUUUUCUUAGUUUUCUGCGGCUGUCAAGUUGUGUUCACGAGAUCCAAGCAAAACUCGACUUUUUCUGAAAAUCUGCGAGAAACUUCUAUUUUUAUUCGAAAAUGCUCGGAGCACAAGCAUUGAGAACUAAACAGAAAGCUGAACAAAAAGAGAAAGAAAAACGGCAACGUGAACGACUACGAAGUCUUGAACUUCAACGUGAUAAACUACAUAAAGCAGCAUGUGAAGAAGCCGCUGCACAGUAUAACAUGGAGAUCUCAGCUCAACCACCGAUCAAACCACCUGCAACGAAACAUCGACAUAGUCUCCAUACAUCUUCAGUACAACAUCUACAAAUCAACACUACUGCAUUCGAUAAAGCCAGUCGGUCAAACGGACAGCUUUCUAAAAACGCAAAUGGACCACAACGCUCGACAUCAUCAGACUAUUGCCGAGAAGAGCGCAAAGAGCCGCUUUCAAACAGUAAUAAGUUUAUGAAAUGGCUUGGAUUAGGUGGUAGUGAAAAGAAAGAUUUGAAAAAUCGCCGAAUGAGCACUUUUACUUGAAAGUGAUUUGUAUCGAUUAUUUGCAAAUGUUUUUGUUGCUGCUUAAUUAUUUUCAUUUAUUUUUUCUUACAGAAAUUGUUGCAAACAAUGUUGUUUUACAUAAUUUCCAUUGUGCAUCUGUACUUUGCUGUUGAUUCAAUUAGAUUAUCAAUUAAUUACUCUUUAACGCAACGCUUGAUUCAAAACUGACCCAUUGCUCUACAAUCUCAUUGUAGCUCAUCUUUUGUUCUGAAAAUGACACUUACCAGCACUAGGCAAGUGCCAGUCGUUAAUCUUCGUAAUAAUUUUUGAUUUCGGAUAUUCAGC